UAAGCUAAAACAAUCAAUUGUAAUUACUCUCGUUUGUACGUAGGUAGAGAUGAGCCGAUGGGUGUAUGUUCGUGUGUGUGCUUAUUUGGGCUACCUAACCACAAGACGAGUUUCAGUUUGGGUUUGACAACGAACAACCACGGACGUCUUGUCAUCUCUACGCUCGUACUAACGCAUAAACGAAAGAAAAUAAAUAAAAAGGAGCGGACAAUUGUGGAUUGAUUUUUAAUAAACUGUAAACGGCGAUACUACAUCGGAAGUGGUUGUUACCCAUAAUUGAAUAAAUAAAAAUUUGGUUUCAAAGUUCAAAUUAAAAAUGGAAGACCAACAACAUAAUCUCGGUACAAAUUUAUUGGAAUACAUAACUGUAUGAAAAAACAAAUUUAGAAAAUGCUAUGUUGCGAUCAAAAACAAUUAUUGCUGUGCCGUUAGACAGCGAAGAAGAACAAAACGGUGACGUAGAAGAGGAAGAACUUAAAACAGUUGUUGGUGGUGUGCCCGAUGGAAACAAAAAGUUACAGUCUGAAAAUGAAAAAGUACAGUCGAGUCUUGCAGCACAAAAACCCUUAGAAAAACAUAUUGACAAAAAUUCCGAAAACGAAAGAGAAAAACAUACAGAAUUCAAAAUUACAGGCGGUGUUUUUGGUCCAGUUUCUAUAAAUUCGCCUAAAAAAGAAACGCAAAUCAUGGAGAAAGAUAAAGUGGCACAGUUACGAGACAAGCAAAUGGAACUGUUGCCCAAAGAAAACGAACUGUUGCAGAAAGAAAAAGAAAUUAUGCAGGGUGAAAAUGACUUGCUGCGAGAUUUAUUUGCUUCGAAACUUGAGGGCAGACCAUUGAGUUGGCUGCAUUCACGUCGCGGUACGGCGACCGAAGACAUUACAGAAACAUUCAGUCAGUUUUGUGUCAUGUUUGGAUCAAAAGAGAGCAGAUUAGAGCUCCGCCGAAAAUUUGAGCGUGGUGUCUGGCGUCAAGAAGAGAAUUUUAUGGUCUACUACAAUGGAAAAGUUGAGUUGGCAGAAAAAUUAAAAAUGGAGGAAGACGAGUUGCUGGAAUAUGUUAUUGAUGGCAUAUCAAAUACUCACCUUCGCAGACAGACAGUACUGCAACACUACAAUAACUUUGCAGAGUUAUGCAAAUCGCUGUCGACUAUAAAAUUACCGAAAGCAGUGGAUGCAGACCACGGUGUAGCGGCUAACAAAUUUAGUGUCAGAUGCUAUAAUUGUAACAGUUUCGGGCAUUAUGCAGCUGACUGUACCAAACCGACAAGAGAACCGGGUACAUGUUAUGCCUGUGGAAUCAGCGGCCACACCGUCGGCUCUUGUGACAAAAAUAAAAAGAGAGAGACACCAAAAAAUGAAAAUAAUUAUAAAGCCUAAUUGAUACGGGUAGUUCAAUUAGCCUGAUACGAGAAGAUGCAUUGCCAGCAGGAACCAAAAUUUUGCCUUUCACUAAUACUGCCUUUCAUGGCUUGAAUUAUUCUUUGUUGAAAACGUAUGGAUAUUGCUUUUGUUUCUUGAAGUUACUAAAUAAAUGUUUUGAACUUAAAUUGCUGGUAGGUGAUAAAAUGUCUAUGAAAUACUCGGUGUUGUUGGGUCGGGAUUUUUUGGACAAAACUCA